AUGCUUCUCAACGAAAAAGAGAAGAGCGAAAUGAAACAUGUUAAAAGUGAAUCAAGUGUAGAAACACAUUCAGAUGAGUUUAUGGCACUACACAAGGACAUGCAAAAACUCAUGCAGCUACAAAUUCAACAACAAGAAAGACUACUGGACAUUGAAGUAAACAAAGGUAAACAUUCUUCUACAAAAUUACCUAAACUAGAUUUAAUAUCAUUUGGAGGAGAUAAGACAAAAUGGAGUGAAUUCUGGGAUUCAUUUAAAUGUUCAGUGCAUGAGAAUCAAUCACUUUCAAAUAGUGAAAAAUUCAAUUAUUUACGAAAUAAAGUAUUCGGAGAGGCUCAACGUGCGAUCUCAGGUCUAACAUUAUCGGACGCUAAUUAUAAAAUUGCAAUCGAUAUCUUAAGGGAAAGAUUUGGAAAAGUGCAAGAAGUAGUUGACUUACAUUACAAUAAAUUAAUCAAUUUGGAGCCAGCAUCGAAUAAAACCGGAAGUUUAAGAAGCUUGCUCGAUACAGUUGAAAGGCAUUUACGCAGUCUAGAAGUGUUACAUCAAGAUAUUGAUCAAGCUGUGUUUGUGUCAAUGAUACGAGCUAAACUACCUGAGGAAGUUCUUGUUCAGUUAGAAAUAUUAAAUGGGUCGAACAAUGAGUGGAGUAUAGACAAGCUCCGAAAACGAUUGAAUGAAUAUAUUCUUGCCAGGGAAAGAGCAGAAAAGAAAGAUAAUGUGUUGGAAAAGAGAAUACAUGCAUCGUCUAUUCAAUCAGGAUACAAGCAAAAUUCAGCUCAACUAAGGAGCUAUACAUAUUCAGCUCAGUCAAGAAAUAAUACAAAUUCACCCCAACCGAGGAGUUUAUUCGAAAUCAGAACAAUCAAGAAGUUAUUCAAGUUCUGCUCAUGUGCUUACAGUGAAUAA